AUGGUUCGAUCUAAUAAAGAGUAUAGAUUUGCUAUUGUAGGCUCAGGCCCUGCUGGUUUUUAUUGUGGGAAAUAGAUCUUAAAGAAUACUAAAAAUGUUAGAGUUGACAUUUUUGAUAGAAAUCCUCAUCCAUUUGGAUUAGUGAGAACAGGCGUAGCGCCAGACCAUCCUGAAAUGAAAAAAAUAGAAAAAGAUUAUCAAGAAAUUCUUAGAGACACAGAGAGAUGUAGAUUCUUUGGGAAUGUAUGGGUGGGAACUAAUAAUGGAAUUCCCAUAGAAAAACUAAGAGAACUUUACUCUGGUGUUGUUCUAGCAUAUGGUGCCACUAGUGAAAGAAAGCUAGGCUUACCUAAUGAAGAAUCACUCAGAGGUGUUUUUUCAUCUAGACAAAUGGCUAAUUGGUAUAAUGGAUCUCUAGAUGACAUAUUAGAUCCAGAGCAAGAUCUUGAUCUUUAAAACUUGAAAGACAUGGCAAUUAUUGGCAAUGGUAAUGUUGCUAUGGAUAUUUCCAGAGUGUUACUUAAGAAUCCUAAACUACUUCAACCUUUUGAUGCACCCACACCAGUAAUUGAAUAGCUUAUGAAAUUAAAACUGAAAAAUUUAUCUGUUAUUGGAAGGAGAGGAGUGAUACAGUCUGCAUUUACUAUCAAAGAGAUUAGAGAAAUAAGUAGAAUAGAAAAUGUAUAGCUUUAUAUGUUCAGAGAGGAGUAUGAUUAAUCAAGAAAUGAUUAAAGUAUUGAAGAGACUGGUGCUGGAUUCAGUCCUCUAUCUCGUGGAUGGCACAGAAGAACUGAGUUCUUGAAAGAAACUUGUAAGUUCAUAGACAGCAUAGAGUAAUAUCAAGACAUUACACACAGCAGGAAUGACACCAAGAAUCUUUUUCUAAGAUACCUUCAAAAUCCAAUAGAGCUAUUAUCUAAUCAGAUAAGUAAUAGAAUUAAUAAAGUAAGACUCUAGAAGAUGGUACUAGAAGGGGAAGUAGGCCAUUAAAGAGCUGUUCCAGAUCCUUAAAAUAUUCAAUCAGAAAUUGAGUGUUAAUUGCUAGUAAAAAGUAUUGGUUAUCAAUCAAGACCAAUUGAAGGUGUAACAUUUAACUCUUAGACAUGUACCAUACCUCACUAAUAUGGUUGUAUAUUAGAUAAAAACGGAUAGAUUUAACCAGGAUUUUAUGUGGCAGGCUGGUUAAAGAGAGGCCCUAACGGAAUUAUUGAUGCAACUUUAAGAGAUUCAGUAGAAACUUUUAGAAUUAUCAAACACCAUAUGGAAUGUGAUGACUUAUAAGAAAAAAACACUACUGUUGAGGAAGUACUAAAGCUUAUCCCUUCAGAUUAAAAAUCAGUUGAUUUUAUUGAUUGGUAAAAGAUAGACUCAGUCGAGAAAAAAAGAGGAGAAGAACACGGCAAAACUAGAGAGAAAAUUUUAGUAAAAGAAGAUAUGCUUAAAAUAAUUAAGUGA